AUGGGCCGUCUUCGCCGUUCUCGCACUCAUCACGCUCAACGCGAUGUCCAUCGUGCCGCACGGACAAGGGCGCGGACGCGGGACUUGGAUCAGAUACAGCUUAUUGACUUGGACCCUAAGAACCGUGCGCGACUCGAAGCGCAACCCCUAGAUUAUGAAAAGCCCGGGUUGGCGCAGCACUACUGCGUAGAAUGUGCAAAAUAUUUUGAGACCGAUCACGCGCUGCAGUCUCAUUGGCGAAGCAAGGUGCACAAGCGGCGGUGUAAAGCCCUCAAGGAACCUGCUUACACCAUCGAGGAGUCGGAGCGAGCCGCCGGACUUGGUCGCGAAGGAAAACGCCCCUCCACGUCCGAGCAGUCGACGACCAUGGAGCAGGACAUAGCUCCGUGA